GCUGACCUUCCCGGAAGUGUUGCUUCAUUCCAGUCAGCAGGGUUUGUUUAUGUGGAUUCGACCCUGCUCUGAGGAUCACCUGGGACACUUCACAUCUUUAUAUUUCACAAGAAUAUUAAUUUAACUACUGCAGCCUCUUAAUAAACAAACAAACAAGCUAACAAAAUGUCUUGUUUUAGUGUAAAGAGCGGAGCGCGGCUCAGUCUGAUAACCGUCACCUGCCUUCUGUUAGCAUCUCAGGCUACUGCAGCUAAAAAUUCUGAGGACAUCAGGUGUAAAUGUAUUUGCCCCCCCUACAAAGACAUCGCAGGACAAAUCUACAAUCAGAACGUUUCCCUGAAGGACUGUAACUGCCUUCACGUGGUGAAUCCGAUGCCGGUGGAGGGGAAAGACGUGGAGGCGUACUGUUUACGCUGCGAGUGUAAAUACGAGGAGAGAAGCUCCGGGACGAUUAAAGUGACCAUCAUCAUCUACCUGUCGGUCCUGGGGCUGCUGCUGCUCUACAUGGUGUACCUGACCCUGCUGGAGCCCAUCCUCAAGCGCCGCCUGUUCGGACACUCGCAGCUCAUCCAGAGCGACGACGACGUCGGGGACCAGCAGCCGUUUGCGAACGCUCAUGACGUGCUGUCCCGCUCACGCUCUCGCACCAACAUGCUGAACAAGGUGGAGCACGCGCAGCAGCGCUGGAGGAGACAGGUUCAGGAGCAGCGCAAGUCUGUGUUCGAUCGGCAUGUGGUGCUAAGCUAAAAACACCCCCCUAGUGGACGGGCUGGUUAUGACCACUGUUAGAUGUGCAGUGUAACCUUAUAGCCUUUAUAACAUCAUUGUGUGUGUGUGAGUGUGUGUGUGUGAGAGUGUGUGUGCGCUGAGAAUUUUUUUUCAUGACCAAGCAGUGAAUUUAAUCUCUCUUUUUUGCAUGAAAUUAUGUAAAAUCUGUGUAAUUUAAAAACAAAGUUGCGUUCCAGGUGUAAUAUGAAAAAGUGUGUGCUCAUACAAUUAUCUGAUUGAUUAUUAAUAAUCUUCUUUAAUAAAUCUUUGUGUGUGUGUGUGUGUGUGUGUGUGUGUGUAUGCCUAAAUCACAUCUUGAACUAUUUAAGUUUUAUUCCUAAAUAAAGCUGUUUCUUGUUUCUAAGCACAGCCAGUCUGCACCCACCCGUGAAGGUUCUUAUAAACCUAAUCAUGUAUGUUUUCAUGUGAACACACUGCGUUUAUCAAUUACAGUAUUGUUCUAGCACUUUCUCCAGAAGAUAAAUGUUGUUGUGUUGUGUUUUGGGAGUUCAGGAGUUUAGGGUUCAGUGAUGAUGUUAAUAUCUGACAUUUUGUGUUUCUGUGAUCAGUUCUAAUAAACUCGGUACGCGUCUGUGGA